AUGGUAGUCGGGGCACAGCUGGGGGCUGACCCUGCUGGGAUGGGGGAGGGGGUUGUCAACUGUGUCUGUGCUGAGCCUGCUGGCAGGGCAAACCCCAGCCAUAAGCCCACCAUUGUGAAGGAAGCCUGGAGGGUGCAGUUGAUGCAUAUGCCAGCUCCCAGUCCUGAGACACCCAUUGAGGAGUUCACCCCAACACCAGCGUUCCCUGCCCUCCAGUACCUGGAGUCUGUCGACGUGGAGGGAGUGGCCUGGAGGGCAGGGCUUAGGACAGGAGACUUCCUCAUAGAGGUACACAGGGUGAACGUGGUGAAGGUGGGCCAUAAGCAGGUGGUGUCUCUGAUUAGACAGGGGGGCAACAGCCUGCUGAUGAAGGUGGUCUCUGUCACACGCAAACCUGAGUCUGAGGAGGUAGUCCGCAAGAAAGCUCCCCCGCCACCUAAAAGAGCCCCCAGCACCACCUUGACGCUGCGCUCCAAGUCCAUGACUGCCGAACUGGAGGAACUGGCUUCCGUCCGGAGGAGGAGAGGAGAAAGGCUAGAUGAGAUGCUAGCGCCCCAGGAGCAUUUGACGUUACGUUCCCAGCCCACAGAGGCCGACUACAGAGCUGCUACUGUCAAACAGAGACCUACCGGCAGGAGAAUCACAUCAGCAGAGAUCAGCUCGCUGUUUGAGAGGCAGGGCAUGGCACUGCAUGGUGGGCUCCACCCAGGGAUGGAGAGGGGUCAUAUGCAGCUGCCUAGAGGGAUGUCCAGGACCAAGUCAUUCGGUGCGACUGAGGAGGACCGACUGUCGGCUUUGGCUGGAGAACACCGUUUCCCCCGGAGCUCUUCCAUGACUGACAGCCUCCGAGACCACUCCCACUCCCAUUCUAUCCCGCCCCCUCCCCAGACUGCCCCCCCUCCACCCCCCUCCCUCUACUACCUGGACACAGGCCCUCCCCCCGCCUUCUGCCCCCCUCCUCCCCCUGCCAGGGGUCAAGGUCAGGGUCAUGAUCCUGGAGGUCGUUCCAGCUUCAAGCCCUCCUCCCUGGACCUGGACCGGCCCUACGACCCAUCGCCCCGCCAGUCUUCCCAUCUCGAACGCCAGAAGAAGACAAGGUCAAUGAUUAUUCUACAAGACUCCUCCCACUUACCCGUGGAGCCCACCGACAUCCCCCGCCCCUCUGCCUCCGCUACACCACCCGAGCGAAUUAAAAGGAAAGGCCGGGUGAUUGACAACCCGUACGCCAAUGUGGGACAGUUUAGUAUUGGGUUGUACACGCCCACCAAGCCCCAGCGCAAGAAGAGCCCUCUGGUGAAACAGCUACAGGUGGAGGACGCUCAGGAGAGAGCCAGCAUCGCCUUGGCUGCCGCCCACUCCCGAGAGCCCUCCCCCUCAGGUCGACACCCACACACCCACGGCCACACACACACCAGCCGGGCCGACUACUACCAGCAGCAGCUGAUGGUGGAGCGCGAGCGUAUGCGUCUCCAGGGAGAGGCCCUGCUACAGGGGAAAGGUCCGUUCGCUGCCGCUAUCGCCGGCGCUGUGAAGGACCGAGAGCGCCGUCUAGAGGAACGGAGGAAAUCAACAGUCUUCCUGUCGGUGGGGACCAUAGAGGGGGGGUCUGGAUCUGUUCCUGAGGCCCCCUCCUACACCACAUCUCGCUCCAUCGAUGAGCGCCUGCUCAGCAGAGAAUUUGGCCAGCUGCCACCCCCUGCCCUGGCCCUGCGUCCCUCACCUGGUGGCACUACCUUCAUCCACCCACUCACAGGGAAGCCCCUGGAUCCUAACUCGCCCCUGGCUCUUGCGCUGGCCGCAAGAGAGCGGGCACUUACCUCCCAGACCCAGUCCCCCGCCAGCAGCCCUGAGCCCAGGACUAAACAGGAAAGGGCUGGGGCUGUGGCUGGAGGUCAGGGGGCUUCGCUCUUCAUCGACAGCCAGACCAAAGAGCCUCAGCAUGGGGACAGGAGUCCGGGGUCGCCCCAGGCUGGUAAACCCCAGUGGGGAGCAUCCUCACCCGCCUUGCUUCGCCAGGAGAUGGAGGGAAGAGUAGAGGAGAGGAAGGAGGAGAGGAGAACGGAGGAUAAGAAGAGUUUGUUGAUCAGUAUCAUGGACACAUCCCAACAGAAGACGGCUGGACUAAUCAUGGUCCAUGCCACCAGUAACGGCCAGGCAGUGGGGCUGGAACCAGGGCUGGAGCAGACCCCCACCUCCCCAGCCACCGAGCCCAGUAAACCCUCCCUCAGUCGGGUUCCAUCGCCCAGCCCCUCUGCCUCUCAGCCCCAGGCCCAGCCCCAGGCCCAGCACCCCUCCAGCCCAGCCCAGGCUACCUUGGCCCAGGGUAGUUCAGAGGAAGAUGUGGAGCCCUACACAGUGAGCCUACCUCCAGCCAUGCUGUCCUCAAGUGAUGAGGAGACCAGAGAGGAGCUGAAGAAGAUCGGGGUGCUCCCACCUCCGGAUGAGUUCGCCAAUGGAUUGCUGGCCAAGGCACAAGCACUGGAACAAGCCCAAGCCCAAGCCCAGGGAACCCCUGUACCCCAGUCUAAAUCCGUCACCUCCCCCACAACAUCUACCACCCCUACUGCCCUCAUACCUUCCACCACCACCCCAACCCCCAGCCUGACCCCCACCUCCUGCCUGACCCCCACCCAGCCUCAGGGCCCUCCUCUCCAGCCUUCCGCCGGAGGAGCAGUCGUCUCAGGGAAGCCCUCGGACCCGGACCAGUCCCAUCCUCCAGCCCUGCUGGCUGAGUCUGGUUCAGCAGCAGACUCUGGUGUGGAGGAGGCAGACACACGCAGCUCCAGUGAGAGAGAGCGAGACCACCACCUGGAGACCACCAGCACCGUGUCCACCGUCUCCAGCAUGUCCACUCUGUCCUCGGAGAGUGGUGAGCCCGCCGACACACAUACCUCCUAUGCCGAUGGGCAGCCCUUUGUGCUCGACAAGCCACCAGUGCCUCCCAAGCCCAGGCUAAAAUCCCACAUCGGAGGCAGUAAAGGCCCGGUAACCUUCAGGGACCCGUUGCUGAAGCAGAGCUCUGACAGCGAGCUGUUAUCCCAGCAGCAGGCAGCUGCUCUUGCUGCAGCAGCGGCCGGAGGGGCAGGGCUGGGGCAUGGAGGCCUUGGGUCUGGAGGCCUUGGGUCUGGAGGCCUGGGGUCAGGCUCUAUAUCUGGUCUGGUGGGAGGCCCUGGGAGGCCCCGCUACCUCUUCCAGAGGAGGUCCAAGCUGUGGGGGGACCAGAUGGAGGCGCGAGGACCCGGGGUGGGGUUAGGGAUGGGGAGUCUUGGCAGUCUAGGGGGGUUGGGGCUAGGGCUGGGGGGUGAGGAGGGAGGCAAACCAUCGGUGAUUGGGGAACUGAGUUCCAGACUGCAGCAGCUGAAUAAGGAUACCAGGUCUCUGGGGGAGGAGGAGCCACUGGGGGCAUCGCUGGACCCUGGGAGGAAGUCCCCUGUGACAGGCGCCAGACUUUUCAGCAGUCUAGGAGAGCUCCACACCAUUUCCCAGAGAAGCUACGGCACUUCCUACACCAUCCGGCCUGGCAGCCGCUACCCAAUAACACGCCGAAUCCCAAGCCCCGGCUCGGGCUCCCCAGAUCGUGGUGACCCCCUAAGUCGAUUCCCAGGCUUCGGCUUACCCAUUUCGCCCACCACGCCGCCCCACACCAUCCUCAAGUCAUCCAGCCUCAGCCUGCCCCAUGAGCCCAAAGAGGUGCGCUUUGUUAUGAGGAGCUCCAGCGCCCGGUCCCGCUCACCGUCUCCCUCUCACUCUCCUGGACUGGGCUCGCCCCUCCUGGCCCUCAGGCCCUUCCACCAGAAGCCCCUCCACCUGUGGAACAAGUACGACGUUGGAGACUGGCUGGAGAGCAUCCACCUGGGGGAGCACAGGGCCGGCUUUCAGGAGCAUGAGAUUGAGGGCUCCCACCUGCCAGCACUCACCAAGGACGACUUUGCUGAGCUGGGGGUGACGCGGGUGGGACACCGCAUGAACAUCGAACGAGCACUCAAACAGCUGCUGGAGAGCUGACCCCUGCCCUGAGAGAGAGAUAGAGAGAGAGAAAGAAAGAAAGAGGGAGAGAGAGGCGGGAAGAAAGAGGGAGAGAGAAAAAUGGAUAGACCACCCCAGUUUUACACCAAUUCCAUUUUAGGUCGCUGCUUUUCAUUUAUUUUUAUUCUGAUGUGUCUGAAAGUUUCAGUGAUAGCGUUCAUAUGCAUCUCUCAGCACUGCACUGAAUUAUGAAGUCCCUCCCCCAUCUCACAACCUAUCAGAUGAGUCCUCUGAAAGAGGCACAUAAACUCUUUGCAGAACACAAUCUCGCAUGAGCUCCGAUUUGAACAUUUCAUUUGUGACUGCUUGAGUUGCUCCUUUAGUCACACCUUUAACCUAUCCCACAGACCUUUCCUUCGCUGUACCGCUCUUCUUCUCCCUGUCCCUCCAUCUCUUUCCCUCCUGUUCAUUUUUUGCCUCUGAAGGAUCCCCAGUUUGUGUGAAGAAGAGGAGGAUGAAUCUCGUUCCAAACGGAAAGUUCAGUUGCCUUUCAGAAUAUUCUUACAGAGAUCAGCUACGGUGAACACAGGAGUAAAGACGCAGUACUGACCUAGUAUUGACAUAGAACUGACAUACUGAUACAGUACUGACACAGGCCUCUCUCCACUCUGCCUGGCAUUGUGUUUAACACUUGUGCCCAGAGACAGAGUUUGGUGUUGGAGACCACGUGGGGAGAACUCAUCUAUCCUGGGACCGUCUCACGGACUGACUGUGCUAUCUAUUAUAUUUGGAGAAUGUUUAACCAACACUAGUGGCUUUUUUCAUAAUCAAAACAUUUGCUUUGGGUUUCCAAAGGGAAUAUUAUAAAUAGAUAUAAUAUAAAUGUAUUUAAAUAGCUUUGAGGGGGAAAAAAACGACAGAACGUUGAAAAAAGAUACGUUAUAUACAGAGCAUCUGACUCCUACUUCUAGACAGAGUACAGAGAGAAAACUU